AUGACAAUAGACUUCCAUUUUGAUGAAGAUGGAAAGCCGCUGAAGGAAUUGGACGACUCUGUUUGGUAAUAUUUUUAGCUAGAUUGAUAUGCACUGACUUCUCAAAAGCCUGCGUCAUACAAAACUGUAAAAUGUAAACAAUGUCGAAUUUCUCUCAAACCUGGCUGUCGAAAAGAGCUCCGCUCUGUGAAGCAAGGUACGAGCUAGUCAAGAGAAAAACAAUCGAGAUUUAGUGUCUUUCCCCAUUCUCUCACUCGUCUUUACCCUCAGUCAGUUUCGGUAGAUAUGAGGCUGGUCAGUGUGUAACAGAAGAGUGGUAUGCGAAUUCUGAUUCCUGGCCUGUUUUUAGGAACUUUCACGUGUGGAACGAGUCAUGGUUCAAGCGCCCUGAUUUACCAGACGGGCAUGAUGGGUGGCAAGCGCAUGAUGCCACGCCCCAAGAAACUAGUUACGGUAAGAAGAGAGAACAAUAUAUUAAUAUUUUAUAGUUUCCCUUCCUGUUAUUGAAAAGAAAAACAGUGGCAAAUGUAGCAAGAAUUUCAGUUAUACUUGGAGGUCAUCUAGAAAUGAAAAAAAUUUUUGUUCGUGUUUUUCAGUUUUUAGGGACUCAAAUCCACGCCUUAGAACUGUGAAAAACACAAUACAACGCUGGUGUUACAUGUCACCAGUCCCAUGCCUUAUUCUCUUACCCCUAAGUACUGAAGUCACACUAGAAGUCAAGUCAUGCCCAAUUAUAUAUUGCAGUGAAUAAACAGAUUUAGUAAUAUAAGGCCUUCAUACUUGCCACAUAAAUGGUCAAGUUAUUCAAGAAGCCAGUUUUGCUCAGUGUGAAAGAGCUACAUUUUCUAAAAAUACAAAAUUAAUAUUUCAAAAAAGAAUUACUUAUCUCUAUAAGCUCACCUGAGGUCAGGCCCAUUCUUUUAGCAGCUCUCUUUCGUGGUUGCGUUAAAACAAAAAAAGAGCCUGAUCUCAGAUUAUUCAAAAGCUCAAAAUGAUUUACACGGUUUCAGGAGUGUUUCGAUGUGGUCCAGCCUCGGUGAAAGCAGUGAAACAAGGAGAGGUAUAUUUACCGUAUGAUACUAGCUUCGUGUUCGCUGAGGUGAAUGGUGAUCGAGUAUUUUGGGAAGUGGAAGAAGACGGCCCCAUGAAACCUAUUCGUGUAGAUAAGAAAUGCAUUGGAAAGCUGAUCAGCACUAAAGCGGUUGGGAGCGACGACAGAGAAGACAUAACUCACGAGUACAAACAUCCUGAAGGUAUAUUAGCUUUAAGCAAAUAGACCUUGUUUAUUGUAACUGUCUGUGUUCCUACUGUCCCCGCCCAGGGCCAAUGGAAGCUCGAUCCGCCAUUAAUUAUCUCGUUUCCGUGAAAGUAGUGCCAUAAAGGUAUUUUAUUUCGCCUCAGUUUUCUUCCACGAAUGGCUAUUAAACUAGUGGUUAUUUCAAGAAAUCUUGUAAGGUAUUGCUGUAACUUUCAAAAUUGCAGGUCACUUGGAAAUGCUGAAUCCUUUGAUUAUAAAAAAAACUGGAGAAAUUGCCUAAAUUGACAAAAAAUAAGUUAAACAUGUGCGUUAACAAAAAUGCUUUAAGAAAACGUUUCAUAUAAUUCAGCGGCCGACUUGACAUUUUCUCAGAAGCGUAUAUUGGCACCAGGUAAAAACGUGUCCGCUCUAAUUACCGCUAUCGAGAACAGAAAGAAGAAAAUCAACAUUACUAGACAUUGAUAUAAAGCAGGCCUCAGAUUCAUAUGCAAUAAUUAACAAUUAUUCCUCGAGCCCGAAUGGACUCUGAGUCAAUAGCCCAUGAGGCCAAAGGCCGAAUGGGCUAUUCAUUCAGAGGCCAUGAAGGCGAGAAGAAUAAUUGUUUAAUUUGGCAAAAUCCAACUAGUUAGUCAAAAACAUCGAGACAAAACAACUUAAGCUAGCAAAACGCGAUUCAGCCGUUGCUUUGGUUUUCAAAGCCGCCACUUUUCGCUACUAGUGGGCUAUAACAUAUAGCCUUGUAGUAGCUCAACCAAUCAGAACGCAGCAUUGAUAAUAGAGCACUAGCUGGAUUUUAUUAAUUAUGUUUUUUGUUUACCUUUAGGUUCCAUAGCAGAGCGACGUGCGGUGGAGCUGGCAUACAAAUUCAGCAGCCGUAAAGACCAAGCAAUUUAUGGACUACCAGCUGAAGACAUUAAGUUUACAUUUGAUCUCCCGGAAGAUGUACCCAUAGGAAAGGAUGUAAGUGUGGCACUGAAGAUGAAGAACACCACUUACCAGAGCCGUACAGUUAAGGGUAAAAUGACAGCAGUGAUUGGAUUUUACACUGGUAUACCCUGCAAAGAUUUGAAGGAGGAAGAAUUUGACAUGANGCACUAGCUGGAUUUUAUUAAUUAUGUUUUUUGUUUACCUUUAGGUUCCAUAGCAGAGCGACGUGCGGUGGAGCUGGCAUACAAAUUCAGCAGCCGUAAAGACCAAGCAAUUUAUGGACUACCAGCUGAAGACAUUAAGUUUACAUUUGAUCUCCCGGAAGAUGUACCCAUAGGAAAGGAUGUAAGUGUGGCACUGAAGAUGAAGAACACCACUUACCAGAGCCGUACAGUUAAGGGUAAAAUGACAGCAGUGAUUGGAUUUUACACUGGUAUACCCUGCAAAGAUUUGAAGGAGGAAGAAUUUGACAUGAUUUUGGAACCGAGGAAGGGUGGGUAGAAUUCCAGAGUUUUUAAUAUUUUUGUCUGUUGCUCCUUUACGAUCAUGCUUCUCUAUCUUUCUCUAUCCGUUUUAGUGAUUCCUGAUUUCUUCAUUCCCUUUUGAGAAAAGCUGGACCGUAGCUGGACUUCAGGUCCGGGCCCGGGUUCUCUCUUCUUCUCGUCUCCUCGUCUUUCUCGCUCCAGGUGAUGAGGUUGACAGUGGUUAUUUACCAUUUACAAAAAGUUUUCGGAAAACCCGGUUGUAAAGUAAAUAGAACACGACUUUCUGGAUCGUUCCAGCGGAAAAUUUCCGGGACCAACGGAACAUCUGAAAUAUUCCAAACGGGAAUUUUUUUCCAUCUCUUUAAAGCCAUCUUUGAUACCAGUUUCAGGCCUUCGCAGUAGGUCGUUUUUCGGUAAAUGGAACCGAUUUGUACAAAUGGCCAACGCGAUUCGGGGAAGAAAUUAACCUGUCCUGAAUUUUUGUACCAUUUGCCCAAACCGUGGGCACACUUGUUUGCCCAUGUAAAUGGUAAACAACUUGUCUCUUGCUUCUCUAGACAACAGAACUUCUUAAACUACAGGUGUAAACGGACGUAACGUUUUGGCCAAGAACUCCCAACAUUGUUGGAUGUUACUAACAUGGCAUGUUUCGUCUGUCUGUACACCCUAUUGCAUGUUGUUGCGUGUUGUUGGGAGUUGUUGCAUCCUUUUGCACACCACUGCAACACGGACGGAAAACACGCAACAUUGUUGGUGAAACAAUGUUGGGUUGUUGCGUCUGUUUGCACGUAGCUUAUUAAGGCUUAUUAGUUAAUAUUAUUGUGAGGACUUAGCAGUAAUUUUUUGGUGAGAGCCAAGUCAGCAUAAUCUAUUUUUUCCAUCAUUUUUUUGUAUAGAAAAAGCCUUUAUACUUGAGAUCCCGUCGGCCUUAUAUCUUGACAAGUGCGAAGCAGACGGGGGCCUGAAGAUUUAUGUCAAGGCGACAGUCAAGGAAAAUGGUCAGCGGUUUGCUUCAUAUGACAUAAUUGAGUUCCAGAAACCGGAUAUAAAGAUAGAGGUAAAUUGCUGAAUUUUGGAAAUAGUUUUUAAGUUGAAAAUUGUAUAAAAAAUUGUAUAAGCCUUCGAACUUCAUUUUUCCAAUUGCAAUCUGCUCUAAGCUUGCCUAGGGUAACUUAUGCCGAAAUUAGACGUACACAAUUUAUCGAGUGUUCUACAUAAAAAAAGUUUGUUUAUUUAUUUCAUUUGUUCAUUGUUCCAUUAGAUGAAAAUCAGCGCAAAAAAUGUCUUCCUUUGUUUACGUUCCGAUCUUUCCUUUUUUCAUAAUUCGUUUUCAAUCCCAAGCUAAAAGAAUUGGUUAACUGGAAAAGUUAUCCCUAAUGAAGGAAAAAGGCCAAAACAUGCUUUCGAAAUGUUACCCACGUUUUACGUUAUAUGACAUAUUUUUUUCAUUCAAUUAGGUCACUCGCGGUAAACCCAGAAUCGGCAACGACAUCGAAGUCAAGUUGUCGUUUGAAAAUCCUUUGCCACUAAACAUCACAGGAGGAAAGUGGUACAUUGAGACUUCGGGCGCUAAUCCAAAGAGCAAAAUUAUCCCCAACUCGUAAGUAUUUUUACUUUUUUAUCACUUCUUUAUUUCUUUUUUGUCUGCAGUUUUCAACUAAACUAGCCUUAAUAUAUAGAUUUAGUCAGGGCCAAAAGCGAAGCUUUCGUUAAUAUCUAUAGUUUACUGAAACAUCGUGUAAUGCUAAGCGGCGACGGCAACGAAAACAGCCAAAAACACAGUAGGUCUAAUUAGCAAAUAAGAAAACAACUUUGCACCUGCAGCACACUUUUUUGUGCAUUUCUUUGCCGUUGUUUUGCACGACGACAACGUGAAACUUCCAGAAACUUCCGAGUUACACGUUUUAUGGAGGAAAUGUUGUAUGUGGUCCUGUUCACCUUUUUCGCUGCCGCUCAAUUUUACCUUGUUGGCCGCUAGCAUUUCUUAUUUUCUCACGGCCGCUAUAAAAUUUUCAUGUUAUUCUUCAAACGAAAUUGGUCUCCUUUGUUUUUUAUCUCUGGCUCUAGCUCUUUCUUUGUUAUCCACGCCAAUAAAGACAUUAAAAUUAAGUCGAAAGAAAGAAUCGGCUUUGUUGUUGCUGUUUUUUAUCUCUAAAAAUCCGGGUGGCUAUGUGAUGUACCGCUGAACGCGCGGGUACUUGAAAUGUAAAAUUCCACCCCGGCUUACAUGAACGGGUGGACGUACCAAAAUUUCUUGGAUGCAUAGAUUACCAAAUUUUCUUACCCAUGGUGCUUCGCUAUUAAAUUAUCUCUUCACUGAUUUUUAGUAUAGGCUUCACAUUCUGGCCUGUGAACAGGCCUAAGUUUACGUAGGUCUGGCACCCUAUUAGAACAUGAUUUUCUGUGGCUCUUGUCCAAGCUUUGGUGCAACCGACGGUACCUGGGUACCCCCUUUGGGCAGAACCUCCUCGUAUGUGAUGGGCGUUUUAGGAAGUAUCCUUUUGUUUUAAUUUAUGACUCUGUAAUCAGUUCGUGUAGCGAACACCAUUUUAAAAAGAUAUAUUUACAUUUGUGUUUCUAUCGUUCACUUUAGUGCAACUGUUUCUGAAGGAAGGGAGGUGCAAACAUCCUUCAAGAUAUCACCUUACCGAGCAGGGCUGUGUCAAGUGUGCGCCACAUUUAGAUCAGAUGUUAUCAGCGGUGUCCGUGGUUAUGGCAGCCUAAAAAUUUCAGAGUAAACUGAAAGCAAUCACUUUGUGGUAGAACAUUUGACUUUUCGUAAAUUUAACUGCGUCAAGAUUUAUUUUAUAUAUUUUUGGCACAAAUUAAGGGGCGGCAAAGUGGUUAUUCCAGAGAAAAGUAACUUUUACUUUUUUUACCUUUAAUUGACUAAGCAUGAUGGUAAUCGUCUACCUCGGAAUCGCUAUCAUACUUUGGUGUAAGGAUAAAAAAACGCUGAUGAAUCAACAGACAACGAAGUGAGGUUGGGUCAUUGUUCAAAGGACCUAGUAAUAUGCUCAAUUUCCAUAUAUAGUGACGAUAUCAGCUUAUCACUUAAUUAAUUGGGUUCACUAAGAAAGGCAGCAAAAAAAAUAACGCUGCGAGCAGGAUUCGAACCUGCGCGGGGAAACCCCAUUGGAUUUCAAGCCCAACGCCUUAACCACUCGGCCAUCGCAGCUUCUACAUUACUUCUCAUAUAAAAUGGCUGUAAAAAAUCUAAGGCAACCUUGCUCACUUAGCAACGUUUCUAAUACCAUAGGGUCUGAAAAAAGUACGUCACUUGAAGUUCAGCGCUAGCAUGAAACGAGUAAUGAAGUCGCGUAAACCUGGCAAACAUAUAUUACUGCCAUUAGAAAGGUCCGCUGCUAUGAGAAGGCAAAGAUUUAAGUUCGCCUAUGGCAAAAUACGCAUAUUGGUGGGGUGGGGGCAUAUAAGAGUGAUUGUCAGUAGGCCUUGGCGGAUUUUGCUCCUAAAAGUGCCAUAUCAUGCUACUAGCGGUGCUCGAAAUUUUGCCAAAUUAUGCCAAAAUUAUGCCAGAAUUCCCAAAUUAUGCUCCUGAUUUCCGAAAUUAUGCUCACAAAAUGACCUAGAUUCUGUACAUAUAGGCGCGCAAUAACGACACCAAAUUAUGAUGUUUUUCAAAUAAACUGUUGUUGUAAAUUUAUUUCUGUUUUAUGGCAGUUU